GAGUGACACCUCUUACCCCGGCUCCACGCUUCUUGCCAUCAUUCGCCGUGUAAUUCAUUAUUAUUAGAACAUCUCCUUUGAAGGAAUCACUAUGUUGUUCAUGGGACAUGUCACCUGCUAUUGUUGUUGUUAUUAUUGUUUCCAGGAACACUGAACAUCGUGAAAUGUGUCAGCUUUCCGAAGUGAGCGUGAAGGGAGCGCACCGGACAGAUUCAAUCGUUUUCCGGGUGGAGUAUUCAUGCGCUCGGAGCAGAAGAUAGUCCGAUGAAUGUGUACACAGACACAUAACAGCAACGAGAUGGCACACUGUCCAGACCCAUGGUUGCCAUGGGUGACAGUCUGUCAUGAUUACAUUGGCCUGAAGUCCUACCAGGUGUCUCCCUCCACAUCUGUUGGAGAUAUCAAACAUCUGUUCUAUGAGGAGACAAACCUGCCUGUCGAAGAGCAAAGCCUGAACCACAAUGGGAAAGUGCUGUCUGACAGUGUGCAGAUCGGGACCUUGGUGCCUCCCGGGAGCUCAGAAGUAUCAGUCUCACUGCAGGGGAGAGGACUUAAAGGAGGGGGGAGGUUUGGACAGACUACACCACCGCUAGUUGAAUUUCUGAAAGAUAUUUUGAGAAGGUACCCUGAAGGUGGACAGAUUCUGAAAGAGUUGAUUCAGAAUGCAGAGGAUGCUGGAGCCACGGAAGUCAAGUUUAUGUACGAUGAGACAGAGUUUGGAGUGGAGUCCCUGUGGUCACCUGAUAUGGCUCAGCAUCAAGGUACGGCGUUGUAUGUCUAUAAUGAUGCUGUGUUCACGGUGGAAGACUGGAAUGGGAUUCAAGAGAUUGCAAGAAGCAGGAAGAGAGAGGAUCCUUUGAAAGUUGGAAGAUUUGGUAUUGGCUUUAACUCUGUGUACCAUAUAACAGAUGUUCCCAGUAUAUUCAGUGGAGACCAGAUCGCCAUGCUAGACCCACAUCAGACCCUUUUUGGGGUGAAUGAGUCGGGUCAGUGUUGGAACCUGAAGACAGACAUCAAAGAGAUUACAGAGCUGGCUGAUCAGUUUGCUCCUUACAUUGGGAUGUUUGGGAGCUCUGAAAAAACCAUCAAGGAUGGCAGCUUUCCUGGAACACUGUUCAGAUUCCCACUUCGAAUGAAACCAUCCCAGCUCAGUGGCAACAUUUACAACAAAGAAAAGGUUUUGGAGCUUUUUGAGUCUUUCAAAGCGGAUGCAGACACAGUGGCUCUCUUCCUCAAGAGUGUUCAGAAGAUUUCCCUGCAUGUGCGGGAGUCGGAUGGCACAGAACGAAUGCUGUUUCAGGUUACAGCAACAGAAAAUACUGAUGAUAAACUUGAAAGACCUAAUGCACUGAAGACUCUGGGUCAAGCCAUAGACAGCUACAGCAAUGGCGUUCCCAGUUCUACCAUCACAUGUGUCACUUACCAGGUCAACAUAGAGACUCAGGAUGAAACAGCCAAAGAGACUCAGAGGAUGACGUGGCUGGUAUGUAAUGGGGUUGGGAGCAGAGGAAUCUGUACAGAACUAGACUCUUUGGCAGACGACUUAAAGUUCAUGCCCACAAUUGGGAUCGCCAUGCCACUUACUGUCAUCGACAAAGACGAUGAAGGUGCCACAUCCGGUUUCUCAGGACGAGCCUUUUGCUUCCUUCCUCUUCCCCCUGGUGAAGAGAGUGAGACAGGGCUUCCAGUUCAUGUCAGCGGCUUCUUUGGCCUUACAGACAACCGUAGGAGUAUCAAGUGGCGAGAAGUUGACCAGUGGAGAGAUCCAGCAGCUCUGUGGAAUGAGCUGCUUAUAAUCACCGUCAUCCCUAGGGCUUACUUUACCCUCAUCACAGAGGCUAUCAAAAGGGUACAGACUAAAAAGGACCAAGACUUUUCAUUGUCCCCCAUAGGAACCUAUGGGGCCUGGCCAGACCCUAAACAGGUCAAGUCCCGCUGGAAACCCAUCCUUCAACCGCUCUUUAAUGAGUUGCUGCAACAGGAGGUCAUUUACUCCCUCAAUGAGAGCUGGAUCAGGGUGGACCAGGCUGUGAUCUCCGAGCUGGACACAGAUGAGGACAUUUCAGAGACUGUGAUCAACUACCUCCAAAGCUCAGGAAUGCAGGUGGCAAAGGUGCCUGCUUCUGUGGACUCGGUCUUAGCUGCCUACACAAGUGAGUCCACUGAAGUGAAUAAAGUGACUCCAUCUUUGCUGCGGCAGGUUAUCAGGAAGUACAAACACAAAGGUCCCACACAGGAGAAACUGUCACUGUUGGAGUUCACACUUAGUGACGGCAAUUACAAUGAUCUCAUAGGACUGGAGCUUCUGCCUCUGCAAGAUGAGACAUUCACAACAUUUUCAUCUUCUGUCAGCGAAAAGGAUGCAAUUUACAUCUCAUCAGAGGAGUUCCCCAGGUCUCUGUAUCCUGGACUUGAGGGUCGGUUCAUCUUGGAAAGUAUAAAACCUUCAGUCAUGGACAGACUGAAGAAAGCAGCUAAAAGUAGAGGAAGACCCUGCACUCAGCUACAAGUGUUGACUCCAGAGCGAUCAGCUCGACUCAUUAAAGAAAUUUUGUCAAUGGCCUGGCCCACUAGAGACUUCAUUGUCCAGUGGGAACCUGGAAACCAAGAGUUGAAGCAUCCAACAGUAUCAUGGUUAAAAAUGGUUUGGAAACAUCUAUACAUAAAUUUUGCUGAUGAACUAAGUACCUUUGAAGACAUGCCUUUGAUCCCACUUGUGCCACUUGAGGAAAACAUGGACAUGGUGAAGCUUGUGCGUCUCAAAACUCCAUCCCCCAUCAUUCUUGUGGAUGAGGAAGAGGCUCCACUUUCUGAAAGCCUUCAAGAUAUAAUGGAAAAGCUUGGAAUCACAGUGGUAAAAAAGCUGGAUCCAUGUUUGCAACACCCUCUUCUGAAGAAUUACAUCCAUCCUUUCUCUCCUGGUAUGCUGCUGCAAAUCAUGGAUAGAUUGCCAACACAACGAUUAGCCAGUCAGGUCUCUUCUUUCUCAGUUAAGGAAAAGAUUGCUCUGAGAAAUUGUCUUGCAGGACUGUCUGAUAUUACAGAAAAAGAAAAACACACCUUACUUGAGCUCUCCAUCUUUGAGAAACUUGGGACCUCUUCUGAAGGUGUCUCAGCAUUCAUAUCAUUGAGAGGAGCCAGGGCAUUGCAUCACAGAGCCAAGUACCCGCCAGAUGUGAAAUUAUCCAUGAACCUUGUGGGUUGUGCUGAUGAAGAGUCAAUCCGCCUUAUUAAGAUGAUGAAUGUAGAACAGGUGAAAACAACCGAAUGUUUGAAGAUAAUUAUUCAUGAUAUUGAGAAGGGGUUCUACAAAACAAAGGAGAUAACAGAAAUCAUGCUUUGGGCACUGAAACAUCUGGCAUUUCUGAAAAAUGAAAACUCAUCUGUAAUUUCAUGGCUUUCCAGUCUUAAAUUUAUUCAGUUGCCAUGCGGAAAGUCAGUUGCCGCCUCAGAUCUCUUUGAUCCAGGGUUAGAGAUUCUGCAGAGUCUUUUCUACAUGGAAGAGAAAGCUAGGUUUCCUACAAAUACCUUCACAUCAUCUCCUGAUAUUCUGCAUUCACUCAGACAGCUAGGACUAAGAAAUGAGGUACAGCUGAGUGAAAAAGAAGUACUCCAAGUGGCAAAGAAGAUAGAGGAACUACAAAACAGUAAGGAACCUGACUGGGACUUCAUUGUCAAAAAGGCAAAAACACUCUUUCAGAUACUAAACAGACAAACCAAACUUGUUAAAUCAGCUGACGCUCAGACAUCAUUGCUUAAGGUGAAAUGGGUACCUGUCUGUAAAGAAAGACCUCCAACAUACCCAAAGUCACUAGCUUGGGUUGGAGAUACUGUUAAUAUUUGUUCUCUGUCAGAGAUGUGUGACAUAUCCCAUGCAGUGCUGGUGGGAUCUUCAGUAGCACUGGUUGAACACACAUCUGCAGGUAUGAAAAAGGCCCUGAAACUAGCAGUAGAUCCCAACAUCGACCAGGUGUUACAGCACUUGAAAGCUGUGAAUGACUGGCACAAAUCUCAAGCAUUUACCACUGAAGACUGGUAUCAGUUCCAACAAAUUCUGUUUGAGAUAUAUGGCUUCAUGCAAGCUCAUCUUGAGGAUGCAAGAGAAGCAAUGAAGUCACUUCCUUUUGACUGGGUAUGGACAGGAAAGACAUUCUCAUCACCUGGCCAAACUGUCUUAAAGCCACUUCCAGAUUUAGAUUUGCAGCCUUAUCUGUAUUCCUUGCCAAAGACAAUUAGAAAGUUUCACAAGCUCUUCAAGUUUUGUGGCUCAGUUGAAGAGGUUGUUCCAAAUCAUGUCUUUGAAGUCAUCAGCAGUAUCCAACAAAAAGCUGAAGGAGAACUGACAAAAGAAGAAAGCAAACACAACAUCUUGCUUUUAAUUAACAUCCUAAGAUGGCUUUACAAUAAUCAGAUACCUGUAGAUAUUGACAUGAAUGUGCCCAUUCUUUGUUACAAGAACCCGAGCAAAUUAGCUAUGAAACCCAUUCAUGAAUGUACCUAUUGUGACAUCAAAGUAGAUGAUUUAAAUGACCUACUUGAGGAUGCUUCAGAACCCAUUAUAUUAGUCCAUGAUGACAUCCCCAUGAAAACUGCAGAGUGGUUGAAGGUUCCAUGUUUGAGCACACGAUUGAUAAAUCCAGAGAACCUUGGAUUUGAACAAUCAGGCCAGCGAGAACCUUUAACAGUGAGAAUAAAGAACAUUCUGGAAGAAUAUCCAUCUGUUGCAGACAUUUUUAAGGAGCUUCUCCAGAAUGCUGAUGAUGCAAGUGCAACAGAGUGUAGUUUCCUCAUUGACAUGAGAAAAAACACAGACAUUCGAGAGAAUCUUCUUGACCCUGGAAUGAUUGUUUGCCAUGGACCCUCCUUGUGGUCAUUCAACAACUCUGUAUUCUCAGACACAGACUUCCUGAACAUCACAAGGUUGGGGGGGUCAGUUAAGAGAUGUGAAGCAGAUAAAGUUGGCAAGUUUGGAUUGGGAUUCAACUCAGUUUAUCACAUCACUGAUAUCCCUAUCAUAAUGAGCAGAGAAUUUAUGAUCAUGUUUGACCCCAAUAUCAAUCACAUCAGCAAACACAUCAGAGAUGCCUCAAAUCCAGGGAUCAAAAUCAACUGGAGCAAACAACAGAAGCGGUUGAGGAAGUUUCCCAAUCAGUUCAAACCAUUUAUUAAUGUCUUCAACUGUCAGCUUCCUCUAGCUCAAGACUCUCCAUACAAAUACAAUGGUACAUUGUUUAGACUCCCUUUCAGAACAGAGCAAGAAGCCACAGUAAGUGAAAUCAGUAGUUUAUACUACAACACCACAGACAUCUACUCCUUGGUUGAUGAGUUCAGCAUCUGUGGUCACCGGUUCAUUCUGUUCACUCAACAUGUUGGAAGUAUGGUCUUAAAAUACCUAAAAUUUGAAGAACCAAAUCCAGCUGGGGCACAAGAUGUUGUUGUAAUCAAUAAAAGUGUUUGGUCAUCCAAAGCCUCAUAUGGACCUCUGAGUAUCCUGAAAUCAGCAGCAAAGGUUAUGAAAAAGGCAGCAAGCACCAGCAAGGUACCUGCUGAUGUUCCAAAGUCUGGCUGCAUCAUACGUGUUAUGGUAGAGGAGUUCCACAACGUGUUCAAACGCAUUGUUGAUCUCCAUUCCCCUUUGUUCAGGGGUUCAGAGGAAGAUCCAAACCAGUACUUUGAGAUGGCUGCUAAAGGUAUUCAGACAAGAAGACUCACUGAUGACAUGCCCCAAAAGGCAGUUGAGGUCACCAACUGGCUCAUUUGCUCAUGCAUGGAUGCAGCAGAAGCACUCAAAUUUUCCCUCAGUGACAGUGGGAAAAGGCUUGGAUUAGUGCCUUGCGGAGGUGUAGCUGUUCUGCUUCAGGAGGAAGAUAAUCGUAAAUGGACAGUAAAGACAAAUACUACACCAAUUGGAGAGGUAUUUUGCUAUUUACCUCUCAGAAUCAAAACUGGCCUACCAGUCCAUAUCAAUGGCUGCUUUGCUGUCACUUCCAACCGCAAAGAGAUCUGGAAGACCGAUACCAAAGGCCAGUGGAACUCUGUGUUCAUGAGACAUGUCAUUGUCCAGGCCUACUUGGCAGCACUCACAAUGCUGCGUUCAAUGGCUGAAAGUGGAGAACUGCUUGAUUACAACUACUAUGCAGCAUGGCCAGAUCCAAGUCAGGUGCAUGAUGACUUCACAUUGAUCAGCCAGGGAGUCUACCAAGAGAUAGCCAAAGGAGGGGACAGUGAACGGGCAAAGGUUUUCUCAGAUGGAAAAACUUGGGUGUCAAUCAAAUUUGUUAGAUUCCUCGAUGAUGCUUUGCUCUGUAGGCCAGACAUUGGCCCUGCUGCUUUCAAGAUAUUCUUGAAAUACCUCAAGAAGAGUGGGUCACAAAACCUCUGUGCUGUUGAGCUGCCUGACUGGGUCAAGGAAGGAUUUGAUGACGCUGGAUGUAAAGGAAAGUUAAUGGAAAACACCCUGACAGAAAAGCAGUUCUUUUCAGAUGUGUUUUUCCCUCACAUACAGGAAAUUGACAAAGAACUUCGAGAUCCUUUGAUGCAUUAUGUCUUGAAUGAGAAACUGGAGGAUUUUGCUUCAAUCCUGAGGGUUACUCCUUGUAUUCCAUGUUCUGGCCCCAAUAAGGAACUGGUUUUGCCCUCUAGACUCAUUCAUCCAGAAGGAAGAGUUGCUAAACUCUACAACACUGAUGAUGGAAGAUUUCCUGAAGGGACCUCCAAAGACUACCUAAACCCUGUGUGUUUAGUGAAGCUUGUGCAGUUAGGCAUGGUAAAGGAUGAUUUGUCAUGGGAAGACCUCAUUGAACGCACUCAGUCUGUGAGUGAUCUUAAUGAGAAUGAUCACACAGCUGCAUGCUUUCGGAGCAGUAUACUACUUAGUCUGGUUGAUGAGAAACUGAAAAUGAAAGACCCAGGAGAUACUGAGCUCUUAGAAAAGCUACAAGACAUCAAGUUUCUUCCAUUCCUGACAAGACCUGCAGGGUUCUCACUACCAUGGCAUGGAAAUGACUUUUCCCCAUCAACUAUGUUUUCUGCAAGGGAACUCUUCACAACUGAAUAUCAGGACACAGUAUGCUUGAUAAAGCCAAUCUUGAAUGAGAACUCCCCAUCUUUCAAAGGCUGUGGUGCAAUGUCCUUGGCAGUAAAAGACUGUCUUGGUCUAAUAAGAAAGCCCUCAGUUGGACUGGUCAUCAGGCAACUCAAGAAACUGUCUCAGUCAUUUGAUGGUGUCACCCUGUAUCAAGAAAACAUAACAAAUGCCUGUUACAAGUAUCUACAUGAGGAGAUGCUACAGGAUGAGAGUGCAAAGGAACAAAUUACUGAGGAACUGAAAACCUUCAACUCCAUACUCGUUGAAAACACAUAUGUAAAUCCCUGCAAAGUUGCAUUCUACUUGAAUUUUGAUGCAGCUCCACAUCUUUACCAGCUCCCCAACAAAUACAAAAACAGCUGUCGUGAGCUCUUUGAAAAUGUUGGGGUACAGCCAAGCUUCACAGUAGAAAAUUUCUCUGCAAUUCUUGAAAUUGUGAAGGAACAAUGUGGACGAAAGGCAUUGACUGAAGAGAAUUUCCAACUAAGUCGCAGAAUUAUCAGUGAAGGAAUAUGGAGCUUGAUACGAGACAAAAAUCAAGAGUUUUGCCAAGCAAAAUAUGGUGGAAUUCUUCUACCUGACUCAAGUCUGACAUUGCAGCCAUCAAAGUCACUGUGCUACAAUGACUGCCCUUGGAUUAAGGUGAGAGACUCCUCUGUGAAAUACUGUCAUGGAGAUAUUCCAAGAGAGGUUGCAGUUAAAUUAGGUGCAGUCCCAAAACGUCACAAAGCCCUAGAGAGAUAUGCCUCAAAUGUCUGCUUCACUCGACUUGGCAGUGAGUUUGGACAGAAAGAAAAACUCACAAGCAGAAUUAAAAGUAUUCUCAAUGCUUAUCCAUCUGAAAAGGAAAUGCUAAAAGAGCUGCUUCAAAAUGCUGAUGAUGCCAAAGCUACAGAAAUUUACUUUGUUUUUGAUCCAAGGACACACCCCGCCGACAGAAUAUUUGAUGAUAAAUGGAUUCCUAUGCAAGGUCCUGCACUCUGUGUUUACAAUAACCAGCCUUUCACAGAGGAUGAUAUCAGAGGCAUACAGAACCUUGGAAGAGGAACAAAAGAAGCCAAUCCAGGGAAAACUGGUCAGUAUGGCAUUGGAUUCAACUCUGUCUAUCACAUCACUGACUGCCCCUCCUUCAUCUCAAACAAUGACAUUUUGUGCAUCUUUGAUCCACAUGCACAAUAUGCACCUGGUGCUACGUCUGUGAGCCCUGGGAGAAUGUUUCGAGAUUUGGACUCUGACUUCAGAUCACAAUUUACAGAUGUUCUUAAUCUCUACCUGGGAGCUCAUUUUAAGUUAGAGCGCAGCACAAUGUUCAGAUUUCCUAUUCGCUCUACAGACAUGGCAAAGACAUCAGAGAUAAGUUCAGUUCCAGCAUCAGACAGAAUGGUACAAAACCUUCUGGACAAGCUAAAAACAGAUGGUGCAGAACUUCUCAUGUUCCUGAACCACAUGGAGAAAAUAUCAAUCUGUGAAAUUGAAAAUGCAACCGGAGAACUGAAAGUCUUGUAUUCAGUGACAGCCAAAAUAACAGAUGGCGAUCGGUUAAAACGCAAACAGUUUCAUGCCUCAGUGAUUGAUAGUGUGACCAAAAAAAAACUGCUCACUGCUAUUCCCGCCCAACAGAUAACCUACACAAUGGACAUAGAGGACACUGAUGGGAACCUGACCACAUGGAUGAUCUGCAACCGAUCUGGCUUCCCAAACAUAGAAAAUGUCUCAAAAGGUGUCAUCUCAGCUCACAAAAAUGAAGACAUAACACUGUUUCCACGUGGAGGUGUAGCUGCAUGUGUAAGCCACAACUACAAAAAACCCCACAGAGCUUUCUGCUUUCUGCCUCUGUCAUUAGAAACUGGCUUGCCAUUUCAUGUCAAUGGGCAUUUUGCUCUUGACUCUGCCAGAAGAAACCUGUGGAGAGAUGACAAUGGAGUGGGUGUAAGGAGUGAUUGGAACAACAACUUGAUGACAUCACUCAUAGCCCCUGCUUGUGUGGAAUUGCUAAUUCAGCUGAAGAGACGAUAUUUCCCAGGUCCUGAUCCCACCAUGACUGUACUACAAGGAACACCACUUCAUGUUGUUAAAGAUACUAUACGCAAAUAUCUUUACUUCUUCCCAGUCAACAGACUUGACAUACAACCAGACUGGUACUGCCUGGUUAGAGCAGUGUACCAGUGUUUUCAUGCAGACCUGAAACGUCUUUUGCCUGUUGUCAGGGCACCACACAGUGACAACUCUGACAUGCACUCGGUCAUCUACAUUUCUUGGGUGAAUACAUCCACAGCAAACAAAGGCAGAGCGUUUUUUGACAAUCUGCUACAAGAUGAGCUUCAGCAUCUGAAAAACACAGAGUAUAACCUCACCUCAAGGAAAUCUGUUGCUGAAAAUGUUUACAGGUUAAAAACCUUGCUUUUGGAUAUUGGUUUCAACCUGGUUCACAGCUGUGAUGAGUCAGCAAACCUUUACUUCAGUUUGGAAGAUGCAGGAAUACCAGUAAAGUAUGUUACACCAGAGGAUGUGCGCAGCUUUCUUCAUACAUUCUCAUCACCAGACACAUCUUGCCAUGUUGGAAAACUCCCCUGCCGUCUCCAACAGUCAAACUUCAAGCUUAUUCAUAACUUAAAGCUUCUGGUUGACUACUGCUUUAAAGACAUUGAGGAGAAUGAAUGUAAAAUUGAGGGAUUGCCUUUGCUGAUAACAAUGGACAACAUGCUUCAGGUGUUUGAGUCUAAGAGACCAAAGUUCCUUACAUCAUAUCAUGAACUAAUCCCAUCAAGGAAAGAAAUGUUCAUGAAUGCAUUGUACAUCAAGUACAACAACAUCUUAUCAAAGGCAGGGGCUGCAAAGACAUUUGAUAUAAGCAGCUUUGGUGACCUACUUGGGUCUGUUCUUCCCAGAGAGUAUCGAACAAAAACUCCCAUAAAGUGGAGAGACACCUUUGCCAGUGAGUCUUGGCUAAAGAAUACAUGGAACUUCAUCAGUGAGAACACUGCAUUGAAAGAGGAUCAGGCAGGUAUCAAACCUAGUUUCGACACAGUGCUGGACAUUCUGAAAGACUGGGCGUUACUACCUGGAACCAAAUUCAUGGCAAGAGAAAAGCUAGUCAUCCCUGAGCAUGAUGUGCUUUUACCCCUAAGUUUGAUGAGCAUAGCCAUAUUUCCACAAGGCCAAAAUGACAAAGUCUUUCACACACUAAUGAAAGCAGGGUGCAUUCAGCUGGCUGUCAACAAAAUAUGUGUCAAAGAGAAUCCCAUCUUGCCCUUUCUGGCACAACACACAGCAAACAUUGAACAUCCGCCAAGUGUCUUGAAAGCUCUGGAAUAUAUGAUUCAAACAAGUGCAUUUAGAGCAGCAAACCUGACUGAGAAGGACUGUGAGGCUCUCCUCUUGUACUUCAACUGUAACCUUGCUAACCUCACUCAACAGGAUGCACAGAGCCUAAAACUUCUCCCAUGCUUUAAAUCUGUCAGUGGAAGAUACAUUAGCAUUGCAAACUAUGCAUCAAACUAUGUUCUUGCAAAAAGCAUUCCAUCUGCAGACAUAGACAAAUGGGCUCACACAGCCUCUUUUGGUUUUCUUGCUGACAGUCCACAACUAAAGGAACUGUAUACCUUCCUUGGUUGCGUGCCAAUUGACGACUUGGAAAUCUACCUUCAGCAUCUGCUUCCAAAGUUUGACACUCUUUCCUAUGAUGCAAAAGCUGAACACAUUGUCUAUUUGAAAGACAGACUCUUGUCAAUGGAAGAAUCAUCUGAGAUGAAGGAUCAAAUCUAUGAGAAGUUGGAGGGACUGUCAUUCAUCUAUGAUUACUCAAACAGGCUCAGGCCAGCAAAGUUUUUCUAUGAUGAGACAGUGAAUGUGUUUGAGGUUAUGCUACCUGCAAAGUCAUUCAUACCAAGGGACUUCUUCAAGAAAGUUGAACAAGUGUCAAAACCCAAGAAUGGGACACUGUUGUUAUCCUCAUGGAUAACCUUCCUCAGAAACAUUGGUCUUAAGCAUGAAGUUUCACAGCAGCAGAUUCUUCAGUUUGCAAAAGAGGUUAGCAUCAAAGCCCAAACAGAGAGCUGGACCAAAGAAAAAGUGCAAACAACUGUUGAUGUUCUCCUAAACCACAUCUUCACAGAGAGGAUAGAUCUGUUCCAAGGUACCUUUCUCAAAGAGCUUUCAAUGAUUCCAUUCCUGUGUCCUGAGAGAGCCCCAAAAGAACUGAUUAAGCUUCACUCACAGUACCAAGAGAUGGGUGGAACACUUCCUCUGAUUCGUUUCAGUGGGUCUCAAGUAAAUCCAAAAUUCAAGCAAACAGAUAUAAUCAAUUUGCUUUGGACAUCUUGCCCAAUUCUCCCUGAAAAAGCAACACCAUCAAGUAUAAAGGAACAAGAGGAGAGCUCUCUCACUGGACAGGAACAACUUGACCAAGUACUGAACAUGUUAGGUGUCAACCUUGACCCACCAUUGGAGAAAGUCAUUAGCAACUGCAAGAACAUCUGCAACAUAUCCAAUCCAGAUGAUGAAAUGGUGAAAACACGUAACAAAGUUUUAAGGUCCACCUAUGAGUUCCUCAAUGCAGAAAAAAGAGAAUUUCGUUAUCAGCUUCGUGGAGUGGGUUUUGUUAUAGUGGAAGAUGGAUGGAAACUGCUUAAACCUGAGGAGGUUGUCAUUAAUCUGGAUAAUGAAUCAGAUUUCAAACCUUACUUGUACAAGUUACCUCUAGAACUUGGUACUUUUCAUCAGCUGUUCAAGCUUCUUGGAACAGAAGAUGUUGUGUCAACCAAACAGUAUGUUGAAGUGCUGCUACGAAUUUACAGAAGUUCAGAGGGCAAACAACUUGACCCAAAUGAAAUGCGAACUGUAAAAAGGGCUGUUUCUGGAUUGUUUAAGUCUCUCCAUAAUGAUCCAGUUGAAAUUCGCAAAGACCUUGAGAAUCUCAGAGAUUUGACGUUUUAUCUGCCCAGCCAUGAUGGUAGAUUAGCAAAAUCAAAUAGCUUAGUGUUUGAUGAUGCCCCACACUACAAGAGCCGAAUCCACGGUAAUGUUGGUGUUCAAAUGCUUGUUGACAUGAGCCAGUGCUACCUAGGUAAAGAUCAUGCUUUCCACACAAAGCUGAUAAUGUUGCUUCCACAGAAACUAAGGCCAAGAUUGCUAAGCAGCAUCCUUGAAGAACAACUUGAUGAGGAUUCUCCAAAAAUGUGCCAGUUUGGUGCUCUUUGUUCACUUCAAGGCCGCCUGCAGUUGUUGCUGUCAUCAGAACAGUUCAUUACAGGACUCAUCAGAAUAAUGAAACAUGAAAAUGAUAAUGCCUACCUUGUUAAUGAGGAAAAAGCCAUACGUCUCUGCAAGGCACUCUGUGAAGGUCUGAAAGUGUCUUGUUUUGAGAAACUCCAAACCACAUUAAGAGUGAAAGGCUGUAGUCCCAUUCCACACAGCCGCAGUGAAACUCUGGCCUUUAAGAGGUAUGGGACAGCUGUGAUUCACCUUUACAUCCAACACUCAGAUAGCAAGGACAUUAAUUUUCUCUUAGCAUUGGCUAUGACAUUGAAGUCUGCCACAGAUAAUUUGAUUUCUGACACAUCCUACCUUAUUGCUAUGUUGGGCUGCAAUGACAUCUACAGAAUCACAGAAAAGUUGGACAACCUUGGGGUAAAGUAUGACUCAACAGAGCCUUCAAAACUUGAGCUCCCCCUCCCUGGAACCCCAAUACCUGCUGAGAUACACCACACACUCCUCAUGGAUCCCAUGAAUGUUUUUUAUCCAGGGGAAUACGUGGGUUACCUUGUAGACUCUGAAGGUGGAGAUAUUUACGGGUCAUAUCAACCUACCUACACAUAUGCCAUCAUUGUUCAGGAAGUAGAAAGAGAAGAGGAGGAAAACACAAAUUUCCUUGGGAAGUACUUUCAGAUUGACAUUGGUUACAGUGAGUAUAAAAUAGUCAGCUCCCUUGACUUGUACAAAUUUUCAAGACAAGAUGAAAGCACCCAUGUGCGAGACACCAGUGUUCCAUCGCCGCCUACAAGUCCUGACAGUCGUUCCACUGGCCUUCGAAUGGUCCCUCCUCUUUUUGCUGGCAAAGAAAAUCAGAGACCACCUGCUCAAAAACAAUCACCAAAAAAGCUCAAGCUUCAUGCAUUGCCAGAGAUUCUGAAAGAAGUGACCUUAGUUGUUGAGCAGGCAUGGAAGCUUUCUGAAACAGAGAGAAAAAAGAUAAUCCGCCGAUUGUAUCUCAAGUGGCAUCCAGACAAAAAUGCUGAGAAUCUGGAUAUUGCUACUGAGGUCUUCAAGCAUUUACAGAACGAGAUCAACCGGAUGGAGAAACAAACUUUGGCUGAUCAACAUAACACAGACAGAGCUUCCAGGAGAUCCUUCUCUACAUCAACACGCUUCCAGUCUGAGAAGUUCUCAUUUCAAAGGUUUUAUUCAUCAUGGAACCAAGAAGCAACGAGUCAUAGAUCAGAGAGGCAACAGUUCAGGGAACAUUACUCAAGCCAAGCAGGUUCAUCGCACUCUCACCGUUUCUUUGUGCCCCCCACAUUCAAGACAGUCGGAAACCCUGUGGAAGCCCGCAGGUGGCUGAGACAAGCCCGAGCUAACUACUCUGCUGCUCGGAAUGAUCUUCAUAAAAAUGCCAAUGAGUGGGUCUGUUUCAAAUGCUACCUGGCCACCAAACUUGCACUGAUAGCUGCUGACUAUGCAGUGAGAGGAAAGUCAGAUAAAGAUGUGAAACCAACAGCUCUGGCACAAAAGGUGGAGGAAUAUAAUGCCCACUUAGCAGGACUUGCCAGUGAUGUUCAGAUCCUGGAGGGUUAUGGUGUGGACAGCCUGAGAACUCGCUAUCCGGAUCUGCUGCCAUUUCCACAGAUCCCUAAUGACAGAUUCACAUCCGAAGUGGCAAUGAGAGUGAUGGAGUGCACUGCCCGGAUUAUCAUAAAGCUUGAAACCUUUGUGCAGCAAAAAAUAUAACACUGUUGUUAAAGAUGACUAAAGGUUAUUUCACUUAACUACAGUAUGCAUAAGUCCUUUGUGGAAUAGAGGACGUCUGUGGCAGAGUGCAAUACAGAUCUUAAUCAUCAGUUUGAGUAACACUGAAGCAUACAGCUGGCAGCUUAUGGUACAUUAUGCAGUUUCAACUUGCAAUGGUGGUGCUGUGGCCCAUGCACAGUAAAUAAAUCUGUCAUUACCUAUUAGGCUGUUUCAGAAUUGAUUUGCUCAAAUAUAUAAAAAAUGCUGUAUGCUGUACAUACAAAUGCCUCAGCAAUAUGUUUUGUUUACCAAAGUCCCCACACUGAAUAUAUUUGUUCUGAGUUUGAUUUAAAAGAAAUAUGCUGCUUUUUUUACUUUAUCUUUUAUAAAAAAUAAUCUAUUUUCUUGCUACAGAAGACAUGCUGAAAAAGCUUUCAGGAUGCGCUUAGUACAGAAAUACAAAGUCUACUAUUGUCAAAUAUUGCAAUUACUGUCAUGCAAUGUGCCCUAUUUGCAAGAUUUCAGCAAGUCAAAGAAAUUUCAAUCAUGUUUGUACAUUUUCUUUUUUGUAUUUUUAGUGUUAAUUUCAUAUCAUUUCUGUACAAUUUGUAAAUUUUAUGUAACAUAGUCAGUCUCUUGUUUAUGGAAGCACUUUUUUUAACCUUGUCAUAUACUUGCACUUGUAGAGCGCUUUUGUCACCCCAGCAACACAGGACAAUUCAACUGUGAAUGUAAAAAUUUCAUACCAGUAUGUUCAUUUACACCAGUUUGGAUUUUUUUUUUUUUUUUAAAUUGGGGAUGCAUUCUUUUAUCAUAGCUGUGGUAUAUGUUUGUCGUUCUCUAUACAGUAACAUUUGACUAACAUUUUGCUUCACUGACCAUAUAAACCAUGACUACUUGGGGGCCCUAUCUAGUCUCCUGCUUUGAUUAAUACAAAUUUGGAUAGGACAGCUUUUACUGAAACAACUCUCAAAGUUGUUUGCUUUGACAGUGAUGGCUUGUUUGACAGAACUGUAGUUGGUCAUCUUGAUAAAAUAGAGAGCUACAUGCCAUUACCAGGGAACAACCCUUUUCAUGACAGACUUUGCAAGCAUGAAACCAUAUUUACAUAUUUUUUACUUUCCCGGUUUAAGUAAACUGUAAUAGCACCAAACGUCGGUGCUCAUGUGUUUUUACUGCAUUACUGACUUUGUUUUACCAUCGAUCUGAGCACUGUUUUUACAGCAACCACAUUAUAUAUGUAUUUUACACAUAAUUUGAACUGUGCUUCAUGACAUCUGGUUUUCUCCUUACAUCAGCUGAGAAAAAUGUCCUUGUAUAAAUCUUGAGAACUUGUGUAUCACUUCCAUGUUGAUGUACAUUGUGCCAUAGGAAGGCCCAAUAAAUCCCCCUUAAAUUCUA